AGGCAUGUAUGUUCCACUAGAUAAAGGGAGCUUGUACACUCUGGCUCUAAGACCAAUGGUUCUGUAUGGUGAACAAGAUGCUUAUUUUGUAAUCAGUGCCUUACGGGCGGCAAAAAAGAGGAACGGUGUUCUUCAGCGGGUACACAGUGUCGAUGAGAGACUUCAGGUCAUGUAUGUUGGAAAUGCUGCUUGGGCCCACAUUCGAGCUAAAGAUACGCUUCGUGAAGACAAAACGGCAGCUGGAGAGGUAUAUUUUUUAACCGAUGACACGCCUAUCAUUGACAUUUACGAAAUAAUGAGACCUUGGAUAGAAGCCCAUGGGUUUAAACUUUCUGAUUAUGUACUUCCUUAUGUAUUUGUAUAUGUUUUAUUAGCUAUUGUUUGUUUUUUCCUGCGAUUGGUUAGCCCUUUUUACAAGCCAGAGGGUUACGUUACAUCUACAGAAGAGUUGGAUUACUUGUGUUCAACCUAUUUUUUCAAUCGUGCUAAGGCUACUCUACGAUUAGACUAUCACCCAAUAUACACUCCUGAUGAAGCCAGUGAAAGAAGCUUGAAUUAUUAUGCUAAUGUUGAAAUCUAAUAUAAUUUAGAACAACGAGAAAAGAGCAUUCUCCUUAAUAUAACAUUCUUAUCAUAUAUUUCAUGUAAUCUUAUUCUCUGAACAAAUACAAGCAAUACAUUUUUUCUAUAAAUGUAUGUGAUGUAAUGCGUGCUUUCAGAAUACCAAGUUUGUUCGUACGUUUUUGUUUCAUAAUAUUUAAUCUCUUACUGAAACUUGCUUGUAAAUACCAAAUAUAUGAUUAUUUAUCUUUUUAUAUUUUCUAUAACACUAGUUUGUACAAGUGAAUAUUUGUAUUGGGUAACAUAAUGUUUUAAAGAUGUAAUAUUUAAGUGCUUACAAGUUAUAUGUAUUAUCUCAACAGUU